UGCUUCAUCCAUCUUCUGCUUCCAUUUCUCCUCUGAGCGCGUGUGUAGAUUUCCUCAAUUUUUGAGCUCAUUUUCAUGGAUGAUGUUGAAAUUCCUGAGUACUUCAUCUGUCCCAUAUCGCUUCAGAUCAUGAGAGAUCCAGUUACAGCCAUAACUGGAAUCACAUACGAUCGAGAGAGCAUCGAAAACUGGCUGUUCAAAGGCAACAACACAUGCCCAGUCACCAAACAACCAUUACCCCCUGAUUCUGACUUGACUCCCAAUCACACCCUCCGGCGAUUGAUCCAAUCUUGGUGCACUGAGAAUGCUUCAAACGGCGUGGUUCGGAUUCCCACUCCUAAGGCUCCUCUCACCAAGUCUCAUGUUGUGAAGCUGGUGAAGGAGCUUUGGGUUCCUCAGUUGCAGCUCAAAACUCUGAGGAAGUUGGAGUUGCUUGCUAUGGAGAAUGAGAGAAACAGGAGGUAUAUGGUGGAAGCUGGGGUAGUUAAAAGCAUGUCGUCAUUUCUUGUGGCUUGUUUCAAUAAACAGCAGACUGUUGGCCUUGAAGAAGCUCUCAGCAUUCUCUAUCUGAUUCGGGUUAAUCCAACUUCCGAGACAAGGCUAAUACCGAUUGAAAAUGAUAGAAUUAUGGAAACUUUUACAUGGAUUUUGCAGUGCAAGAUGGAUGGUCACAGCAGUAUUAAAGCACAUGCGCUGUUGGUGUUGAAGGUAAUGGUGAAAGCAGCAAGCUCCAACCAGCUAGAGAGGCUAAAACCUGAGUUCUUGUCGAGUGUUGUAGGGGUGCUUAGGGAAGGGAUCUCGCACCAGGGCAUCAAUGCCGCCUUGCACAUCUUGCUAGACACAUGUCCGUGGGGAAGAAACCGAAUGAGUAUGAUUGAAUCCGGGGCAAUUCAUGACGUCAUAGAGAUUGAAUUAGGAAUGCCGGAGAGGAGGACGACGGAGCUGAUUCUAGGGAUAUUGUUUCAUCUGUGCUCCUGCGCUGAUGGUAGAUCUCAGUUCCUAAGCCACAGUGGUGCAAUUGCUGUGGUCUCCAGCAGGAUGCUCAAUGUUUCCAUAGCAGCCGACGAUCGAGCCAUUUUGAUACUUUCUUUGAUAAGCAAGUACUGCGGGACUUGUGUGGUACUUGAGGAGAUGAUCAGUGUUAGAGCUGUUUCUAAGCUUUGUGUGGUGCUCCAAGCUGACUACGCACAUUAUUUGAAAGAAAAAGCAAGGGAAAUUCUAAGAUCACACUACGAUUUCUGGAAGAACUCUCCUUGUUUCAUCUCUUCUCCCUUGUCAAAGAUCCAAUUAAUUUGAUAAUUAAACAGAUAUAUAUGAUUGCCCUCUUUUUA